AUGGAUAUUCAGACACAGCCACUGCUCCAGCUGGAUAGAGUGACGGUGAGCUUCCUGCUGCGUAAUAUCCCCGUGGUAACGGACGCCGUGUACAUCGACUUCCGAUGGUCCGCCGCCCUGAGGAACAUUGCCCUCGCUGUCAUCCUGGCCCGAGCAGGCCUGGGAUUGGAUGGCUCAGCUCUGAAGAAGCUUAGUAUGGUGUGUAUACGUGUGGGAAUGGGACCCUGCAUCAUCGAGGCAUGCACCAUCGCCAUCAUCUCCCACUUCCUCAUGGGCCUGCCCUGGAUAUGGGGAUUCAUCCUAGGGUUUGUGCUGGGAGCCGUGUCUCUGGCUGUGGUGGUUCCGUCCAUGCUGCUGCUGCAGAAGGAUGGCUACGGCUUGGAGCAGGGUAUCCCUACCCUCCUCAUGGCCGCCGGCAGCUUCGACGACAUCCUGGCCAUCACCGGCUUCACCACCUGCAUGGGCAUGGCCUUAGCCACCGGCUCCAUGUGGUACAACUUGCUGAGGGGUAUACUGGAGGUGGGAGGGGGAAUGGUAGCUGGGGUACUGCUGGGAUUCCUGCUGCGCUACUUUCCCAGCAAAGACCAGGACAACGUUGUGAUGAAGCGCUCAUUCCUGCUGCUGGGCCUGUCGGUGUUUGCCGUGUUCGGCAGCAACGUGGCCGGUUUCCCCGGCUCGGGGGGCCUCUGCACCCUGGUCCUCGCCUUCCUGGCCGGCCUGGGCUGGAGAAGGUCAAAGGUCCCUGUGGAGGACAUAGUGGGUAUUGCCUGGGAGGUGUUCCAGCCACUGCUGUUCGGCCUGAUCGGGGCCGAGAUCCAAAUCUCAGAGCUGGACAAAAACACUGUCGGCCUGGGCAUAGGCUGUCUGGCCAUUGGUCUGCUGGUGCGUAUUCUCUUCACCUUCGUCUGUGUGCUGUGUGCCGGCUUCAACUUCAAAGAGAAGCUCUUUAUUGCUCUGGCCUGGCUACCCAAAGCCACUGUACAGGCGGCCAUCGGCUCCACAGCGCUGGACAUGGCCCGCACCAAGGAGGAUAAGGAGCUGGAGAAGUACGGCAUGGACGUGCUGACAGUGGCCGUGCUCUCCAUCCUGCUCACCGCCCCCAUAGGGGCCCUUGUCAUAGGACUCACAGGACCUCGCCUGCUGCAGAAACCAAAGAACCCUGCCUGGGAGCGGGAGCAAAGCGGAACUAUAACCGACACCCCAAUCACCUACGAGAGUACCCUCUGAUAACAAACCAACAUCAGUGGCGGGAACCAGGAAGUACACUUCACCAAG